AUGGCUUCUUCUAGCAGAGCCUCCGGCUCGGCUAACGCCGCUGCCAGACAGUCCGGCUACUACACAUUCGAGAACAAGGCUUUCGAUGACGAACACGGCCGACAAGAAUACUUCCAGAUUGCCCAUUACCGCGGCGGGGCCGGAAAAAUGCAGAAGACCGACAAAGACAAGGAGACGAACGGACAGCUCAUCGAGCGUUUCAGAGAGCACCAGGGAAGUUUCGGCGUUCCCAUGCAUCACAUCAACGUCCAGAUCAGCAAGCAUCCGAUCCUCCCCCCACCCCGAAACGAGAACGGCCUCUGUGAACUUACAAAGGUGCCUCAAGGCAGUGCAAACGCCUUCGCCAGCACUUUCAUUGACCUUCACACUGGCAACAAGAAGACGCGCAAGCAAAGCGUCUGUAUCUCCAUCAGUUCAUUCACUGAUCUCCAGCAGAUGUUCAGCCAAGCCCGAAAUGUCUUCCGGCCCUCCUCUCGCGCCACCGAGUCGGAGGACAUCUGGCCCGAGUUAUUCGAGAUAGGAGGCGCGAAGCCCCUCGACAACAACCUACUGAUCACCGUCAGCCACCUCCUCAGAGAUGGCAGCAUGAGACACACCGUCAUGGUGGAGUACAAGUUCCUCAAGACCUUCCUGAGUCUUCUCAUCUUGAUGGAUCUCAAGGGAUCUGUUCGAGACAAGCCUGUCACUAGAAGGGCCUGGCGGUAA